CCUCACAAAAUAAAUCGCUGAAUUUGAUUUUUCUUUCGAAACUCAUAAUUUUGUUUGACAUUCGCUACCAUGUUAUUCAUCUCAUUGUGACGAUCAAUACAAUUUUUCGAAUAGAACCAAAGAAUAAGAAUAAAAACAAAAAUGGCAAAGCUAUUUAAGAUAUUUCGAAGYCAAAAGAGGCGCUCAAGUUCCAAAUCAUCAUCGCAAUUGGUGAACCACAAAAGUCUUGGUAUUUUUCGGUCCAAUACAAGCAAGGAUUUCACGGAGAAGACGGAGACAGAAUCUCCUGUGAUCGAAGCAGCGAUWACKUAUUCUUUAUCUGAAGAUGAGGAAUCAUGCGAACCAUUUCUCUUCCAAGAUCAUGAUAUCGAAAACCAAUUAAYCAUCGAUGAUGUUCCCUCUCCCGAAAGAGAAGUAAGAGGUGUUUCUGUGCUGAGGAGUAACGAUAACAAAACUGACAACUUCGAACAACAGAAYACAGAAGAAMGAAAUGAAAUAGAAAGUUCGACUAUCAAUAGCAAAACUGAAAAGUUUCUGACAUUCACCCACAUUGAAGUUAUGAGAAAUGARCUCGCUCACAUGAUGCAGAUUGCCAAUAAAGACAAGGAGAUUUUUCAACUGCAGCAGGCCGCUGAAGAUAUGAAGCUUCAAAACGCAAACGCCUUARCAUCGAARGAUGACGAAAUUGCGRACAUMAARAAGAAGAUUSUAGAGCUUGAAUCUUCUCUGUCGCUWGCAGAAGAUAAACUUGCYGCCGAGGUAAUGGAACACAGUAAGACUAUUAAAGUCUUAAUGGAAACGCAAUACGAUUAYCACCAAGCAAAASGCAACUCUUGGUUUCGAUCAUUUGUKUGCUACGCAUAAUGACAUUGAGUGAAACGUAAAGAAUCRCAGAUAGGGCACUGUGAUGAGCUCCGUUCGUGCGUUGUAGCUGUCCUGCCAUAAUCUAGGAAUUGGAAAUUGAGGCUGAAUUCAGAAUAUCACCAGUCAGUCGUUGUAGCUGGUCCUAUUCCGAAAAUUUUCRAAUGAAUAAAURAAAUGUUU